CAUUUCCCCUUUCCUUCUUUUUCUAGGUCCUCACUCUUAGCGCCUCGGCGCAAAGCGUCACCAGCGAAGGAACCAAAGGAAAUUUUUUAAGCUCCUCCUUAGCCAGCGGGGUGGCUGUGAUGGUGGCCGUCCACGUCUCCGGGGGUGUCUCAGGAGGACACCUGAACCCGGCCUUCUCGCUCGCCCUGUGCCUCCUGGCUCAGUUUCCCUGGUGGAAACUGCCCCUUUAUUUUCUCAUCCAAGUCCUGGGGGCGUUUGUGGGCGCUGGCACAGUCUACCUCCUUUAUUACGACGCCAUUCACAGCUACAGCAAUGGGACUCUCAGAGUGACAGGCGUCCGGGAAACGGCCUCCAUCUUUGCCACCUACCCCGCCCCUUACCUGUCCAUCCCCAACGGAUUUUUUGACCAGCGCCGGGCAAUGUUGGUGGUGGGUUCCCAUCACCGCCCCCAUGUUGGGGGCCACAGUCGGGACGGCGGUGUACCAAUUCGGAGUCGAAUUUCACCACCCGACAGAUUCGAAAGAGCCGGAAAACUCGACGGCGGAAAAACAAGGAGGCGAGAAAGAAAUCGAUUUACCGGUUUACGUCGUGAACAGCUACGCCGAAUCGUGGACAGGCGCUGGCACGGAGUCGGACGAACCCCCCAAAUGAGACCUCCGAUCAGACGCUAAGAGAAACGCCUUCCUCCUUUGUUGGAUGUAUUGGGUGGGGGCCAUCUUCCUAAAUUUGGGAUCUGAAAAAGGGGGAUUUGGGAGGGGGAGUGACGGCGGCUGAAACGGACAUCGGAUAUCCGAGAAAGGACCCAUGGAUGAAAAUCGUCCUUCCGUUGCGUGUGAGUUUGGCCGAAGCAGGGCCUUUUUCGCAGUGGCCCCUUCACUGUGUAAAAACAGCAAGAAUUAUCUCGCUGGUCGCGUUUUUGGGGUGAAAAGGGGGCAUCUGAGCCCCACAAGGCCAUUCCAAGUCUCCAA